AAUUGAGUUGAACUGAAUAUUUAUGUACAGUACUGUAUAAUGCCCCCAGAGAGUGUGACAGUAGCAAGGAAAAACUCGCCAAUAGGACGAUACCUUGAGAGGAGCCAAAUACCGAGGGGGAGCCCACCCUCCCAGGGCAGGCAAGGAGACCCGGAAGCCAGACACCCGCGCACAUCCCCCCUGGCAGGAGGCCCACCGCGCACCUAUGGCCGAUACAUAGGGCUCAAGGUCUGAUUUUCUGUCAGCAUAUCUGCUCCUGUGAGACUGUCAGCGAUACCUGAGACAUGUCUGAUGAGCCUGUCUAUGGCAAUGUGUCCUGGGCUGCCGGACUGAAACGGGCUCCCCGGUCCGUGUCUGAAGAUUACAGAACAAAUAGUCAGGAAACUUGGUCCCCUGCUCAGGCUCCAGAGAAACCUGAGCACAGAUAUCAGCCCCAGCAGUGCGCUGUAGUAUUUCUAAGCCUCACCUGUGCUUUUUUACUGGCUGGCAUCAUCGCUCUCUCUGUCUGCUAUUAUCUUUCCCAGAAUACUGCAGGGCAGCUCAAAAAGGAAAAUGGUGCCCUUAUGGAAGCCAAUCAGCAGCUCCAAGGGCUUGAAAGUAACCUCACUGCUCUGAAGGAGUCACUGGAGAGUGAGAACACACAGCUGCGAAAGGAUCAGACUUUGUUGGGUGAGAUUUUACAGUUCCAUAAUUUUCCUGCAAAACAAUAUUGUUCAAUAGAGAGAAGAUGCUCACGCUGCCCAAGUGGCUGGACGUUCUACAAUUCAAAGUGUUACUUCGUGCCCCUUGAUCAAACGUGGAAAACGUGGAACGACAGUCGUCUUGAAUGCAUCAAAAUGGGGGCUGAUCUGCUAACGAUACAAAACAAGGAGGAACAGAUGUUCAUCAUGAACCUUGCACCCACAUACUUUGACAAAUGGCACGGUUACUGGAUCGGACUGACUGGAAAGGCAAAGGAUUGGGUCUGGAUUAACGGCUCUUCACUGACCACAGGGUUCUGGGCAGAUAAUGGAAGCCAGACUGAAACUCACGUUUUAACAAACACAGGCUAUGAAACCAAAACCCUGAACAGCUGGAGAUCAACAAAACCUAUCAUGCUUAACCGGUGGAUCUGUGAGAACAGGGCCCUGCUGUUCUGAGGUCCGUUAGUGGCACCUGCUCUCCGCUGGUCUGCUGGAUGGAGGCCCCUGAUGCUGCUGGGACCAGCUACCUGCAGUUCUGCCUUCAGACGAAUGCCUGUUAUAGAUGUGAAAAAGCAGAUAAACGUCACAAAAAAAACAAAUAAAAGUAUCUGAGAAUUAAUUUAUCA